AGUGGACUGAUAUGUAAAGCUCGGGAGGUUGAUCGGACACCUACUCCGUAAGUUCUUUACAUCAAAGGGUUUCUGUGCCCAUUAUCUAUCUACCUCUUGCUGUGUUGGUGGGAAAUUUGUUCGAGCGUACCAGUUCCGCAUUCCGAUAACCUUCCACUGUCGGAGGCUUCUAUCGGAGGCUUCUAUCGGAGGCUUCUAUCGGGGGCUUCUAUCGGAGGGUUCAUCUGCAAGAGGGAUAGAAAUGUCAGAGGAACCACAAAAGAGAGAUAGAUGCAGCUAUCUAGUGCAGUGAAUCCAUUGCUUUUUCGAAAGUGAACCAGCUACUCCCCAAAUGGACAAAAAGCCAACGCAAGACCACCCCCCCACGGCGUACAGUGUCAAAGGCAAGGUUGCCAUCGUGACGGGCGCGGGCUCCGGCAUCAGCCAUGCCCUGACCAAGAUUCUGUUGCAGGAGGGCUGCUCGGUCGUUAUGGCCGACCUCACUCUACGACCGGAGGCCGAGAAGACACUACAAGAUGCCAGUACCGUACCUGGCAUUAACGGGAAGGCGUCCGCCAUAUUCCAGCAGACCGAUGUAUCGGACUGGGCCCAACUUCAGGCGCUGUUUGACAAGGCGAUCGAGACAUACGGCACGGUAAAUAUCGUGGUCAACGGCGCUGCUAUCUACGAGCCGCCCUCUAGCACCUUUUGGCAGCCCCCCGGCGUGUCUCCAGCGGCGAGGGACAAGGUGGACUGCAACCCCGGCGUGUACCAGACCCAUGCUGUCAACGCUAUGGGGCCCAUUCGGCUGGCACAGAUCGCCCUCAACUACUGGUUCUACCACCCCGACGCCGAGAUGAACUUUGACGGAAACCUGGUAUGGCUGUCAAGCGUCUGCGGAUAUGUUCACCUGAUGCAGUCGCCGCUGUACUUUAGUAGCAAGGCGGCCGUGAAUAGCAUGGUCAAGUGUCUCGGCCCGCUGAGGAGGAUGUUUGGCAUCCGCAACGCUGCUGUUUGCCUGGGACCAGUCAAGACGCCAAUUUUCGAUGCCGAUUACUGCAGAGGCCAGCUUCUGCCCACAGACAUCCGCCUUACCGCCGAACAAGCCGCCGAGGAAACAUUCAAGAUUAUGACCGAACCGCAGUUCGGUGAGGGUAAUAUUGUCGAGGUAGUGGCAGCACCGGGGGAGUCGACCGAGCAGCCUGUCACUAUUCGCAUUCGCGAGACUCCCUUGGAGGCACUCUAUCCGAGCCCACCGCUGGAAGGCAACCACGUCAUUGAGGAAGAGCAAAAGUUUCUUGAGAUUCUGCAGACGUUGGUGUAUGUUGGGUAAGCAUGCCUACUGGGAGACCUCUCUUAAGGCAGCCUGACUCUCAUUUGAAGCAUUUUCGGUCCCUAGGGACCUAGUAGGCAAUCGCCUACCUCCUUCUGCAUUCGGUUAGGGUUUUACACGCAUAGUAGCUAGAUAGAUAGAGAAUUCAAGCUUCUUCAUCUCCAAGUCCCUAGCCCUUGAGAAAGCAUUAGUAUCGACAACUUAAUUUGAAAAAAAUUUCCUGUUUUUGGUAGACACUGUAAUCGCUUGAACAAAUAACACAGCCAAGCGGCACGCAGUAGUUACUCUAUAUUAUUAAUAAUCACUGAUGGAAGCUGACAUGUCGACUGUACCAUUCGUAUGAUUUCAAGCACCGUAGUAUAUGUUGGGGCGUUGGGAAUAAUGUACCCCUUGCGGCGUGGAAUCUUCUGUUGACCGAGGGUCGGCUACCUCU